AAACAUAUCACGUGACUUAUAUUAAAGAUGGCCACCUUGGCGAAAGAUAAUUGGCGAAAAUGCAGGAUGAAAAAUAUUUCGUGUAUAUGAUGUUGCUUUAAAAGUCACGCGAUUAUCGUGUGUAGUUAUUGAAAGAACUCGAAGAAAAUAAAUAUUACGUACCGAAAAUAGGAAAUAGAACAUUUUUAAUCGGAAAACUUACCCUUGUGCUUUUUGAUAAAAUUAGAACGUUUUUUGUAAACAUGUUGUUUACAUUGAAAUAUGCACCUUAUCAGUUUGUCAAUAAAUUAUUGCUUGGCUUCUACGACUGAGAAAGAACACAAUAUAUCGAAUGCAUGAGGUCUUUUGUCAAUGCAGUUCUACAGAAGAGAUAUAAAAUGGUUGGAAAUGUACUCAUUACUGGCACCGAUUUCUUGACAUAAUUUCAAUUAGUGAACUUUUAUCAGUAAGGGAAAUUGGUAUCAAAGAUGGAACCAACGCGACGUAUUGGUAUGUACAGGGAAAGUCCUGGGUCAGACAUCGUCAAACAAGGAUAUCUAAAGAAACUGAAGACGAUGAAGAAGAAGUUUUUUAUACUCAGAGCAACAAGCAGCAGCGGUCCGGCGCGACUCGACUAUUUUGAUAAUGAGAAAAAAUUCAAAACGAAUCAUCCGCCGAAGAAAUCCUAUGAACUGCACACUUUUUUCAACAUUAAUAAGAAGGUGGAUUCAAAACACAAGUUCGGGAUAGCGAUUUUCCUACCAAAUGAAUGUUUUUCGGUGCUUGCAGAAAAUGAAGCGGAGCAGGAGGAUUGGAUAAGUAAAAUGCUUGAAUAUCAAAACGAGUUUUUACCGCAAGAUGAGGAACCUCGUACUCAUUAUGACUAUGUUUGGCAAGGCAUCAUCAAGCACAAGUCACCCUCUUCCUGUUCUAAGAUCACGGGGCCGUAUCGCCUAUGUCUGUCGGAGCUAGGCAAAACUGUAUCGCUAGUCAAACUUGCAGAAUACAAACCUUCCUAUCAGUUUCAGUUUUCAAGUAUACGUAAAUGUGGUGCUCACGAACAUUAUUUUCUGAUGGAAGUUGGUCGCAGUGCCGUCACAGGUAGUGGAGAUAUUUGGUUGGAAGUUGAGGGAAGUCAUGCUGCACAAAACAUGCAUGAUGUCAUUCUUUCUGAGAUGGCGAAAUCAAGGGCUGCAGAAGAUCCGUUCCGUAUCCGUAGCAACACAGCUUCCUCGGCUAUAUCGCAUGGUGGUGGCGACACUUACAAGAUAAGAAAAAGAACAACAAGCGAAAGUCAUCAUCCCCCAGGGAGUCCAAGGAGAAAUCGGGCAUUGUAUGCCCGACAGAGGCCUCAAUCAAGUGUUGUUUAUCCCACGUAUAAUAAGCCUAACAACCCUCCGUUGUCGGUAGAAUUACCAUUAGGAAGCAGUCCAGGUGGUUUUGACGGGUCAUUUCUAGACGAGUCUCGGAUAAGGUCGGACAGUAUGAGUUCCAGGCAUAGUCGAAUGUCAGAGACAUUGGAUCAUCCAUACGAAAACACACCUAACACGCCAGUUAUCUCUCCGGAAGGAUCAUUUGUGAGUGCAAGAUCAAUGACACCCGAGGCUUCCCACUCUAUAACAGAGGAAGAUUUUAGUGAAACAGAACCAUACCUCCCAAUGACUCCAGGUCAUAGGUCAAGGACCUCUUCACCUUCUAGAGGUCAAGGUCAGUUAGAAAGAAAUGGCGAUUACCUCUCAAUGGAUCCCAGUCAAGCAGAUAGGUCAGGGGGUGACUAUCUGCCCAUGUCGCCCGGCAACAAUGAGAAGUCGAGUAACUAUCUCCCAAUGACCCCUGGCCAGAAUGAAAAAUCGGACGAUUAUUUGUCAAUGACACCAGGUCACAGGUCUGGUUCCCCAUCACCCACACGAUUCAGUGAACGGCUAGGGUCGGCUGGCUCCAGCAGCCAGACUGGAGGUGGUUACAUGGACAUGAGACCAGGCAGUGGUGCCGCAACCAAUAGUCAAGAAUCAUACAUGGAUAUGACACCCCCCAAGUCAUCGUCUGGCAGCGGAGGGUACAUGGACAUGACCCCAACAACACCCCCUGUACACAAUAGUAGCGGAUACAUUGAUAUGAAUCCUGGACACCGGACGCCAACAGAUCCCGGACCAGGCUAUGUUAUGAUGGACGGAGCGUGGGUUAGGACCACUGCGCCGAUACCUAUCCGUGUGAACAAAGAGCCAGGCUAUAUGGACAUGGGACCUUCAAGUCAACCUCUUCCCACAGUGAAAGAAAGUGGAAGUGGAGAAGCUUACCUCCCAAUGUCCCCAAGUAGGAAGGGUGUCCUGUCAAGCGAGGGCUUGAAACCUGCCAAAGUGAUAAGCUACCUCUCAGACGAUUCUAUGUCAGGCGAAUUACCUAAACGUGCAUAUUCAGUCGGCAGCAGGCCCAUUUCUAAACCUGCAUUUAGGCAUCGCCAGCCGCAAGAGAUCUUACGGCAUCAGCCACUAGACAGUAGCAAGAGCUCGAGUGCUCCGCAUUUAAUUGUGCAGAAACCUCGGUCACAAUUCAUGGAUAUAUUUCAUAGGAAUCAUCAUGAUGGGUAUACAGCAAGUCCGUUAAGUCAGUCUGUAAAGUCAGACGACUCUGAUAGCUUUACGGAAAUGGAGUUUUAUCGACCGCGCACUGCUAGUGAUAGUUACGGGUGUCGACCACGUUCGUCAAGCUUCGGUAAACAGUUAAUGCCCCAAGGACACAGACCACGGUCAUCUAGUUAUGGACAAGGAGCGAAAGGAACAAUGAGUAAGCUAGCUGCUGGCUUUAGGCAGGAUUCUUUUGAAUCUGUAAGAACAACUUCCCAGGAGCUGUCCAGUCGGCACCGUUCACAAGAAUCUCUCGGUAUUAUGUCGAGCUCAUCGCGUAACUCAUCAAGUGACUCUUUAAAAAAGCUUUCUGAUGGAAGCCAGAGUAAGAAAGAAACUACGGAGUAUAUGGACAUGAAUUAUGACAAACGGAAAACACCUUCUCCCAAUGUUCAAGGGGUUGUCUCGCCAAAAAAGGACUCAACAGGUUACAUGGAUAUGUCUGUAGGGACAGGUGCGUCUAAAUCUUUGUCAAGAGGUAUAUCUCCAUGCUCCUCAACCCACAGCUUGCCUAGUGGUGCACACAGUCUGGGGUCUUCACCUGCCUCUGUGGGGCAUGGACAAAGUCAUUCAGAUCGUAGUCUAGGUGCCAAAGUAAUCAAACCUUCAGGAAAAGUUAUAUUGCAGAAACAGAACUACAAAGGUCCUGUACCUGUUUCAUCAGAUAAUCAGCUUAAGGUUGCCACAUCACAUUUGAAAAAGGGAGAUAAGCGGUCUCCUUCGAGUUCAGGGAAGGAAUCUGAAGAUGAGAGUUACAUCCCUUUUCAGCCAAAUCAAGCAGCAAGUUUGAGCUCACAUGACGAUUCGUCUUCAAUAUUGAACAUGAAAAAUCCGUAUGAUAUAACGCCAAAGUCACAUCCCGGGAUUAAAAUUCAGCAUGGGUACAGUAAGUCAUAUGACUCGACUGUCAAAUAUCCAGAUGCAAUUUCUACAAAAAGUGACAGUAAGCAUGAAAAUGUGAUUAAAGGAAAGAAGGAAAGUAAAGAGCAUCAUAAGGGAGAGAAGUCAAAAUCAAAAAGUGAAAAAGAUAAAAAGAGUAAAGAGAAAAGUAGUCCAAAGGUGAAAAAACAAGAAAGUUCGGUUCUUGAGGAAGAGAUUCAUGAAAAAGAGGAGGCAUCAUCAGAACCUACUGUGGCUUUCAUGCCUGACGACGACCUGUUUUCAAAUAAGAUGUUUAAAAUAAAUACGUCUGAGGUUAAAAGUUUGGUACCGGUUUCGAAGCCGGCAGUGAAGGUAAAGGAUGAUAAUGCCUAUAUGGACUAUUUACCGGGCCUGGAUGAAAGUGUAGAUAAAGUGAAAGAUAAAGAAGUAGUGAAACCUCUGUCAAAACAGUUCACUGAAAGAGAAUAUUGCGAGAUUGACUUUUCUCCGGAGAGCGGAAGUUCAGAGAAAGCAACUGAUGCGAAAGUUGUGUCUGAUUACAUGGAAUGUGAUCCUGUAUCGGUGAAAUCAACAGUUUCUAUUGAAUCUAGUCCAGUAAAAGAAGUAAAUAAAGGGUCAGUAAAACCAGCUGAAACUGGUUCGUUGAAAAACAAACGAAAAGGUUCGUCCACUGUUGUAGAUUCUAGUGUUGUUCAAGAGACUAAGAAAAAAAGUGAUGACUUUUCUUACAUAGAUUUUGAUCCUGCGACUGAUGGUAGUGCAGAAGACAAGGUCGUUAAUGAAGCUCUGAAAUCACCUCAGAGAGUUCUGUCCUUUCUUGCCCAGUCUUUAUCUGUUGAGGAGAAGAAGGGAAAGGACUCACCUUUAAAGAAAGCUAGUCAAGAGGCUAAAGGUCAAGUGGAUGAAAAACUAUUCGAGUAUGAAGAUAUGAAUAAGCAUGAAAAUGUGUCAGUUGUACAUACUGGAGAUACUGUUAAGUAUCCUGUGAAGAAGUCUAGUGAAGUUAAAGAUGAAGUUUUUGAUGCAGUGGGACAUCAUGUUGAAGGGCAGUGUCAAAAUGUUAGUGAAAAUCUGAAAGAGCAAAUUUCUGUGAUAGAGGGUAAUAAAGGAAAUGAUGCUGAAGCAGAUAAUGGUAAUAAUUGUGAGGGUGUAGAUAGGGUUAGGGAGGAUGCUGACACUAAGAGGGUUAAUGUCAGGGAUAGACAUCUUGGUAAACUAGUUAUUAAACAAUGUGGGCCACCGCUGCUGGAAGGAGAGGCAGUACAGGAUGAAGGGUAUUGUGAUUUAAAUUUCGGUGGCGAGAAAGAUGUUUUUGCAGAUAAAUCUCACAUUCGGUCCGAGAGUGCAUCAAGCUCAAAUAGUGAUAGAAGCAGAAAGGUUUUAGAGAGUGUUGGAAGUGAGGAUAGUAUUCCUUGUCCGGAAACGCCCAUCAGUUAUAUCAGUGAGGAAGGAGAUGACAUCCCUGUCCCCGAGACUCCUCUCAGUUACAUAUCGGAUGAUUCUACUAGUGGCAGUUCAGUAGGAAGUCGAGAAUUAGGGUCGCCAUUCAAGUCACCCUUAUCCUGUCGCUCGUCUAAUACAAGCAUAGGGAAAGUCCCAGGCUUUGGUUUGGCAUCGUUUGGCUUAUGUGGGGAUAAUUUGAGAAAAUCUUUGCCAACACCAAGGUCCUACGGAGGUAUACAGCAGAAUACAGUUCUCUCACGUCAGAGCAGUGUACCUGUUGGUCCGUCUGCUAUCAGUCCAAGAUCAAAUAAUGAAGUUCAUGCGUAUAGGGCAAGAAAAGCGAGUGGGCCAGCUUGCCUGACGAGCCAAACAAAACAAGGUAAUGGGGCAUCUGGAAAUAGAUUGCCGUCACAAGGAUGUCUGGAACCAGCUACUGCCGGCCUGGAAUUACAUAAACAAAAAAGCAUGCCAUGCAUGAUCGUGCCACAGAAUGUAGACAAAAUUAAAGAUGUAGAAAAUCUGGAUCAUGUUCAGAGUCGCCACAGUUUUACAGACUUGUCGUCAUAUGAAGAGAUGAACUUUCCCGCGAGUGGUUUGUCGUCUGGCAAUCAGGCGAAGUGUAGUUCACAGCAACAGCUGAAUUCAGAUAAUGAUAAUGAGUUACAUUACGCUGACCUCGACCUGAAAGGAUCUACGGAAAAUAUGGACGGUACGUCUCCGCGUGUUGUCAAAAGUCGGCAUCCGUCCUCCUUGGAUGAUGUGUCGAAGGAAAAUGUUCAGUAUGCAGAAAUUGAUCAUUUGAAAACUGAAAAGAUGAAAAAUUUGAAUGAAAAGGAAAAUGUGAAGUUUUAUGUGAAUUGAUGAAGAUGAUCGUCUUAUGCUUUGGUAAAGUCAUGUUAAAAGUUGAGUUAAAAAGUAUGUAUAAUAUUAUGUUACUUGAGUAAAUUUUUGUGAUGAUAGUUCUCCAUUGUAUUAUGUCAGUUGAUUAUGAUUUUACGAUGGUUAUGUCAGAUCAUGUGAUUUCAUUAGUUUUAUUUUAUGUAUCUGUUACGCCUUUGUAAAAUUAUUUUAAUCAAUUAUAUCUUUUGUUAGCCUUUGUAAAAAAAUAUUUACCUGAAUUACUUUUAUGUUAAGCUUUUGUUAUAUUUUGUUGAUUUGUAAUUUCUGUGUUACUUCUCUGUUUUAAUAGGUUGACAACAUUGUUUUAACAUAUUGAUAAUGUUGUUUUAACAUGUAGACAACAUUGUUUUAACAUGUUGGUAAUGUUGUUUUAACAUGUUGACAAUGUUGUUUUAACAUGUAGACAACAUUGUUUUAACAUGUUGGUAAUGUUGUUUUAACAUAUUGACAAUGUUGUUUUAACAUGUUGACAAUGUUGUUUUAACAUGUUGAUAAUGUUGCUUUAACAUGUUGACAAUGUUGUUUUAACAUGUUGAUAAUGUUGCUUUAACAUGUUGACACCAUUGUUUUAACAUGUUGAUGGCAUUACUGGAUGGCACUGUUUAUUUUUAGUUAAUUUUAAGCUCAGUGAGAACAAAAAGCUGUUUAAUGAACAUUUAGGAUUAACAACAUGUUGUCCGUCCAUUCUUCUGUCAGACGUCUGUAACAACGCAACCUUACUUGAAAUUUUCUGCCGCAUUAUUAUCAGGUUUUCAUAUAUAUAUCACCUUAAUGCAGUGACAUUGUGACUUCUAUUAAAUUAUUUUAGGAGUUAGGCCAUUACUGCACUAAGGUGACGAUAUACAUGUAGUUCAAAAUCAAUAGUAGUCAAAGUUGAACUCUUGCUCUGCUUACUCUAUGUCAUGAAAUUGCUUCGUUUGAAUUUGGUACUGUCUCAAAAUGCCAAAGAAAGAUAAAGAGCAGGGAUUGGUCAGCUUGCAUGGAUAUUUAGGUUCUAUUCAGAUGCUAAUAUAUUUGUUUUUAUGGCAUCUAGUGUAUCAAUUUGGAUAGCCCGCCAUGUUCAUUGAUUAGAACGAAACCCUGCACUUUGGGCAAUUUUACCUUAUCACCAGGGACCCAUUGUAAGGUCCCAUUCCCAAUCCAAAAUAACUCCUUUCAAAAAAAAUAUUCCCAACAGCUGCAAGGAAAUCUAACUUGAAAAAUUAACUGUUUGCACUUGCUUCUUAAAUUUUGUAUCAAAUUAUAUAAUCAUACAUACGAAAAAAACUUUUAAAGUUUUGUUUAUUGGUAGGACAGUCCUCUAACUAAGAGUGGAGUAAGGGAACACCAAGGUCAAGGUCACCAGUGCUACAAAUAGAUUUUUAUACAUUUGCUUAUACUGUCUUUAUUCUUUGGUUAUUUGGGUCAUGGUCAAGGUUAGCCGACUGAUAAAAAUAGACAUUUACACUUGUGGUCAUGCAGCCUUUAUCAACUGAUCUCUUUCAUAUGUGACUUAUCACUUAUUGUCUUGUGCGCUAUAAUUUUAGGUCUAUAUUUCAGACAAAUUUCAAACAGCCUCUUGUUAUUAUUUCUGGGUUAUUAUUUUGCUCACAAGAGAAUUUUGAGUUUAUGUUAAGAAGUAAGUUUUUAAGCACUUGAAAAUAUUGGAUAAUCAGAAAUGGUAAUGUGAUGAUAAUGUCCUGGGAAAUAAUAAGGUUAUGCAUGGAAAUAUGAUAGAGCAAAAGUCUUAUUUUGUAAAAAUGCAUCUACAUCAAUAUAUGUGUAAAAAUUAUGUAAGAAUAGUUGUAUAAAAUAAUAUUAUAAUUAUAUAUAAUACUAAAGUGACAUUAUGCCCGCCCAAGUAUAAAUGGUCAGUAAAUAUAAAUAAAAAUAAU